GUGCGUUUGUGCGUGCGUGCGUGUGUGUGUGUGCGAAAGAGUGCAAAUACUUUCGCAAAAAAAUGGCUCCGGCUCUGAGCAAAUUAGCGCAAAACCAGAGCGCCAUCGUCGGCGCGGCUGGCAUGACGGCAGCUCUAUGGAUAAUCGCAUAUGGCAAACUAUCCAAUAACAAGAGGAAAUCGGGCUAUGAGGAUAAAAUUCAGUAUACCAUAUCGGAGAAGAAGGACAAAAAGAAGAGCAAGGCGCACGUGAAUUCAGUAUUCUUUAAACAGCUGCGACAGCUGCUGCCCAUACUCAUACCCAGAUUCUGGUGCAUCGAGACGGGCCUCCUGCUGCUGAUCGCCGGCUCGCUGAUCGGCCGAUCCGUGAGCGACAUUUGGAUGAUACAGAAUGCGACCGUUGUGGAGAGCACCAUAAUACAUAUGAACCGGGCCAAGUUCAAGACGGCUCUGCUUAAAUAUCUCGCUGCUCUGCCGGCUAUUUCGGUGGUCACCAAUGUGCUCAAAUGGAGUCUGGGCGAGCUGAAGCUGCGUUUCCGCACAAACCUAACGCAUCAUCUGUACAGUCAGUACCUCAAUGGCUACACGUACUACAAAAUGUCGAAUCUGGAUAACCGAAUAGCGAACGCGGACCAGCUGCUGACCACGGACAUUGACAAGUUCUGCGAGAGCGCAACGGAUCUGUAUUCGAACAUUAGCAAGCCGGUGCUGGACAUAUUCAUCUAUGUGUACAGGCUGACCGUGAAUCUGGGCGGAAAGACACCGUCCAUAUUGAUGCUCUAUCUGCUGUUUGCGGGCGUUUUUCUGACACGACUGCGUCGCCCAACCGGCCGCCUGACCGUCGAGGAGCAGAAGCUGGAGGGCGAGUUCCGCUAUGUGAACAGCAGGCUGAUCACAAACUCCGAGGAGGUCGCCUUCUACCAGGGCAACGUGCGCGAGAAGCUAACACUGCUCGCCAGCUACUCCAAGCUGCGAUCCCAUCUGCGCAAGUUCCUCGAGUUCCGUGUCAGCAUGGGCAUCAUCGACAACAUCGUCGGCAAAUACUUUGCCUCGAUUGUGGGCUUCUAUGCGGUGUCGCUGCCCUUCUUCUCCGAGAACCAUCCGCUGCUGUCCGGCGAGAACAGCGGCCAGCGUCUGCAGGCCUAUUACACGUACGGACGGAUGCUGGUCAAGCUGGCGGAGGCCAUUGGCCGCCUGGUGCUGGCCGGACGCGAGAUGUCCCGGCUGGCCGGCUUCACGGCCCGCAUGACCGAGCUGAUCAAGGUGCUGAGCGAUCUCAACAAGGGCACCUACGAACGGACCAUGGUCAAUGGCAACAGCAUCACCCAGAAUGGCGGCACCGAUGCGAGCGCCGGCAGCUUUGGCCCCAACAAGGGCGUCAUGUGCUUCGAGGAUAAUAUCAUUCGGUUCGAGCAGGUGCCUCUGGUAACGCCCAAUGGCGAUGUGCUGCUCAAGGAGCUGACCUUUGAAGUCAAAUCUGGCACCAAUGUCCUGGUCUGUGGCCCCAAUGGCUGCGGCAAGUCCUCGCUCUUCCGCAUUCUCGGCGAGCUGUGGCCCACGUGGGGCGGCAAGGUGACAAAGCCAUCGCGUGGCAAGCUCUUCUACAUUCCCCAGCGCCCCUAUAUGACAUUGGGCAGCUUGCGUGAUCAGAUCAUUUAUCCGCACACGCGCGACGAUAUGCGCCGCCUGGGCAAAUCGGACGAGGAUCUGUUGCACUUCCUGGACAUUGUCCAGCUGACAUAUCUGGAGCAGCGCGAGAAUGGACUCGAUGCGAUCGAGGACUGGAUCGAUGUGCUGUCCGGCGGCGAGAAGCAGCGCAUCGCCAUGGCCCGUCUCUUCUAUCACAAGCCGCAGUUCGCCAUUCUGGACGAGUGCACCAGUGCCGUCUCCGUGGAUGUCGAGGGCAAGAUGUACAGCUAUUGCCGCGAGGUGGGCAUCACUCUGUUCACCGUAUCGCAUCGGAAAUCGCUUUGGGUCCAUCACGAUUACUAUCUGCAAUUCGAUGGCCGUGGCAGCUAUGAAUUCGAGCCCAUCGACCAGGACAAGGAGCACUUCGGCUCGUAAGAGCCGCAGUCGCCACAUGGGGCACACACAGACACUACACACUUUGGAUGCCUACACUUUUAUACCUAAUCGAAAUCAACACAGUCCAAGUUCAAGUUUGCCCAUUUUGUUGUUGUUAAAGCUCCUGCUUCACUUGCGACUCCAUUCCCUCGUAAAGGCUUCCAAUCCCCGAGCUGUACAUACUGCUCUAUAUACACUCAUACAUAUAUAUAUCUGAUUAUAUAUAUCUUUUAGUUUCGUGACUUUCUUUUUUUUGGAUUUUCUCUGUUUUUAAUCUUCAGCCGGACUUUUGUAAUUUUGUUCUUCUUCUGCUGCGCGCUUUCCACACAAUAAGAUUUUCAUCUCAAGUCGUUUUCCUUAACUAUCCUGUUCGAGUAAAGCAGCUGGUGUUAGUUAUUUAAGAGCCUAAGGUCGAUUUAUCAAAUUCACUAUUUAGCCAACAUUUAGUAAAUUUACACACACACACACACACACGCGCAACUCCCAUGUAUAUGCACUUGUAAUAUUGUAAUUUAUAUAUUUAAUAUAUUAUUUUUGUUCCCACCACCCCAAAUACAUUUCUCUUCGGUUAAGUUGGAAUUUGUAAUACAAUGUUUUCGUUUUUUUUUUUUUUUCAUUCGCACUUCAGCAACAAUCAAUUGCAUUGUAUUGUUAAUGCUUGCAUUAAAAUGUAUAUACAACCAAAUUAAAAAAAUAAACAGAUGCGAUUUUUUAUUCGAACACAGAACGGGGCCAGAGGCUUUGGCUUCCACGUGAAUUUUAAACACACUAUAGUACAAUAAAUCUGCAAUGACACAAUACAGUGGUCCCUCGCACAGGCGUUUCUAGUUGGCAAGCAUGUGCAUUACUUAAGGCAUAUUUUUCUAUAUAAAAAGUAUAAUUAAUAAAUAUAUAUAUAUACAUAUAUUAAAAAAAUUGUAUGGCUUUUAUUGUAAUGCAAAACGGAAAACAAUAAAUACAACUUUUAAAUGCGAA